AUGAAGAAGCAUCUGACAAUAGUAAUCAAGCUCGGCACGUCAUCCAUCGUCGACGAGAAGACCCAUGAGCCGCUGCUCUCGAUCCUCAGUACCAUAGUCGAGACCGCUGUCAAGCUGCACAAGGAUGGCCACCGUGUAGUCAUCGUUUCCUCCGGCGCCAUUGGCGUCGCCCUGCGGCGAAUGGACCUGCCUCGCCGCCCAAAACACCUGCCCCAGGUGCAGGCUUUGGCCGCCAUCGGACAGUGUCGCCUGAUGAGCCUUUGGGACCAACUGUUCGCCCACAUGAACCAGCCAGUCGCCCAAAUCCUGUUGACACGGAACGAUAUUGCGGACCGGACGCAGUAUCUCAACGCCCAGAACACUUUCCACGAGUUGCUACACAUGGGCGUGAUUCCCAUUGUCAAUGAGAACGACACGCUGGCGGUCACGGAAAUCAAAUUUGGUGACAACGAUACCCUCUCAGCCAUCACAGCGGGUAUGGUGCAAGCCGACUACCUGUUCCUCAUGACGGACGUCGACUGCCUGUAUGACAAGAACCCGCGCACAAAUCCAGACGCCAAGCCCAUCGAGGUCGUCGAGGAUAUUGCGGAGCUGGUAGCCGACGUGUCUAGUGCCGGCUCCGCGCUGGGAACGGGCGGCAUGUCAACUAAGAUUGUUGCCGCACGUCUGGCCACGUCCGCAGGCGUCACGACAGUCAUCACUCGGUCCUCCAAGCCCGGCAACAUUGCCGCCAUUGUCAAGUACGCCGAGACGCAGAAAGCCCUUCAGGCCUCCAUGACCUCAAGCCGCAACUCCCUAACAGGCGACGACGGUCAACAACUUGCCGACAAGGCCGCCGCAGCGCUGGACCUCUCUGGAGCCGACGGCACCAGCACUCCCGGCCCAACCACUAUCGGCGCUGAGAUCGUCGACCCGGUCAGCGGCCUCGCGGCACCGCUGCACACGCGCUUCCUGCCGCAGGUGCACGCGAUCCGCGACCGCUACUUCUGGCUCCUACACGGGCUCGCGCCGCACGGCACUAUCUACAUCGACGAAGGCGCCUACCGCGCUCUCGCCGACAAGGCUGGCCUUCUGCCUGUUGGUGUUGUCGACUGCGACGGCCACUUCCACCAGCAGGAAGCCGUGCGCAUAGUCGUCGUCAAGCGUACUCCUGGCGCCCCCAAGCGUGCCCCCGCAAACGCCGGUGGAGCGGAUUCGCCGGCUGGCGGCUUCGAGAGGGAGAACCCGGCCCCGUUCGAGGUGGGCCGCGCAGUAGUGAAUUACUCGGCCGCGGAGAUCAAGAGGAUCAGGGGCGUGAAGAGUACCGAAAUCCAUGAUGUGCUGGGGUAUGCUGAUAGCGAGUAUAUCGCUCUAAGGGAGAACGUGGCAUUCUUCACCAUCGAGAAGAGUAGGCCGACGACGCCUGGGUUGCCGGUUGACGCGGCAUGA